AGCCCACCACAAAAGCCUUAGCACGCAAGGCAAAAACACACACACAAAAAAAGAGAGAACCAAGGCGAAAACGCAACGAAAGGCCGUGGAGGAGGACGGCGUUGCGUUGGCGGUUGGGCGUCUCGUCCCGUCUCGUCUCGUCUCCCCACGACAAGAAGAGAGGCGGUGCGCUUCUCCUCCUCUCCUGUCCUCUCCUCCUCUCGUCGAGCGGCGACGCAGAAGAGUAGUAUGGUGCCCGUGGAGAUGGAGGUGGACGACCCCCGCGGCUGGGACUUCGUCGACUGGGUCGGCCCCGACGCCUCCGCCUCCAUCUUCCGCUCCCUCGACGACCCCGCCGACAUCGUCCGCGCCGCCGCCGUCUCCCGCUCCUGGCGCCGAUUCGUUGUUGAGAACGAAUUCAGCAAGAGCAUAUGCUUGCGGAUAUGCCCGGAGAUCGCCAAUUUCACCAGCGCGGAGGAGGUGAGCAGAUCGCCGCCGCAGCCGCCGCACGCCGAGUCCAGCCAUGGCGUCCAGCGCAAGGCCCUCGAGAGGGACUACAGGAUCUACUCCUACCUCAGCGGCGCCCUCGUCUCCAACAGCCCCUCCAUGGACUGCAUCCUGCAAUGCAUCGGCGCCUCCAGCACCGACAACUUCCCCGACGAGACCAUCGAGAACACGCUCAUACCACACGAUCGGGUCAAGCACCGCCCCUCCUACUGGUCCAGCGGCGGCCACGACGAUCCCGACACACCAGAGACCUUGACGUACAGGCUCAACUGUGAUAUGUGCAUCGUCGAUGAGAUCAAGCUGCAGCCAUUCAAAGCUUAUUUUCAGUAUGGACAUCCUAUAUACUCUUCAAAGGCAGUCAGAUUCCGGAUGGGCCAUUCCAAGCUUCCUCAUGGCUCGGAUUCCUUUGUUACGGUCGAGGAUGAGAAUCUGAUGGCAAUUGCUGACGAGAAUUAUGUGUGGACUUACACUUCACCAGAGUUCCCCAUGUUGCAGGAAAAUGUGCUACAAUCCUUCAAGCUUCCGCGCCCAGUCCUUUGCAUUGGUGGUAUAGUGAAGGUUGAACUAUUGGGCAGAGUACAAAAACAGGAAGCAGAUGAUAGGUACUACAUAUGUAUCUGCCAUGCUCAAGUGAGAGGGCGUUCACUUUCUCCAGUUUUCAUGGUUGAUACCUCUGAUCCUGCUGGUUAUUCAGUCCUCAAGUACUUGCCGGAUGCAAAAAUCCUACGCUCCGAGGACGCAAUGCUGGACGAUGGCAGCGAAUCGCUGGAGUGGCACUCACUUGUUGCUAGGUACAGGCGGAUGAGGCAUCUAGCGAUAAUGAAUGUGCUUCUUGGACCUGAAGAGUUCAUGGAUGAAGAUGAUAUUAUAGGUGGCGUGUUAAUGGAUGAAGAUGAUUUAGGUGGUAUGUUAGAGGACGACCCUUUUGUGUAGGCUUGCUGCUACAGAACCACCCGGGUUUUAAACUCUCUGUAGUUAGUUUUCCUUGCAGACAUCUGUGAAACAUUCUGCAACUUCGUCGAGAAAAUACAGUUGUUCUGAUCUGGAGAGAAGAACAAAUGGAUUGUUACUGCGCUCAAUCUUGAUCAUGUUUAUAUGCUCUGCUUUGUUGUUUAUUUA